AUGUUCUAAGAAUACAGAAACGGUUAUGGAAAUUUAACUUUUUCAAAUGGAGGAGUAUACAAAGGUUUUUGGAAAAUAAACAAAAUGCACGGAAAAGGUACCCUAUAUUACCCUAAUGGGCAAAAAGCAUAUGAAGGAUAUUGGUAUGAGGACUAGUUUAAUGAAUAUGGUCAUUUAUUUAACAAUAAAUUUAAAAUUUUUAAUACAAAAUUCGACUAUAAAGAUUUUUCUUAAAUUAAAAAUUAAUGGAUUAAAUAUGAAGGUGAAUUUAAUUUUGAUAAAAAACAAGGUUUUGGAACUAUUUUUUUAGCAAAUGGGGAAAAAUAUAUAGGAAAUUUUAAAUAGGAUAAAAUACAUGGAUAUGGCAUGUUUUAUGACAUUAAUGGAUAAUGUAUAAGUGGAUAUUGGGAAAAUAAUUUAUUAUUAAAAAAAAUGUGA